UAUUUUCUCUCAAAUCACAUACAAUAAACACACACAAAAUAUAUACUAUUUACACACAGUAAUCACACAUAGAGAUGGCAGCGUCUACCAAAACAGCAGUUACGAAGAAAGCUCCCGCCGUAAAGAAACCUAAAUCUCAUCCUACUUAUGCUGAGAUGGUGAAAGAUGCAAUUGUAUCAUUGAAGGAAAGGACUGGAUCUAGCCAGUACGCAAUCGCCAAACACAUCGAAGAUAACCAGAAGGACCUACCUGCAAAUUUCAAAAAGAUGUUGCUAGUUCAGUUGAAGAAGCUUGUUGCUGCCGGAAAAUUGACUAAGGUGAAAAACUCCUUCAAGCUAGCCUCCGCCGUCGAGAAGCCGAAGAAGGCGGUUGCUGAGAAGAAGAAGACGGUUACUACUAAGAAACCUGCUCCUGCUGCGGCUAAGAAAGCUCCGGUUGCGAAGAAGGCGGUGGCGAAAACUCCGGUGAAAGGAAAGAAGGUUGUGAAGAAGGCUGCUCCGGUUAAGGCGGCGGCGAAAAAGCCGAAAAGUAUCAAGUCUCCGGUGAAGAAAGUUGCUGCUAAGAAGAAGGUCACUGCUGCUAAGAAAUGAGAUUGUUUGGCUAAUUAGAGUUGUUUUUAAGGGGUAAUUUGUGUAAAUCUGGGGGUGUGGUUAGGGUUAGGGUUUGUUUGGCUAAUAGAAUUAGUGUUUAGAAAAAGUGGUGGUUAUGGUUUUAAUCGAAUGGUUUGAGUUUUGUUUUUAAUAUCCUGUUAAUUGUGGUUCAGUAAAAAGUAAUUUAACCGACGGUUAUAUA